UUGAGUUCACGAGUGUUGUGCAAUAUUUCAGAUUUUAUUUUGCUAGAAAUGAAUGAUAAUUCUAGACAAACUAUUUCUUUAUCGUUGUUAUUUGUUUGUCUUAUUAGCAGUGUAAUUACUAGCAUUUUCCUUUACACGUUCUGGCAUCACAACGAAAAUGCAAAGCUGAUACAGGAUAUACAGGAAAAUCUCGGAGCGCUGACGAGACAUAUUUUUGAAUCGUAUGAACCCACUCACAAUCUGGAACAGUCGACCCAUUUGUCAAGAAGCAACUUUCGCGAAAAAGUGAUGUUUGAAAUUCAACAGGCACAUGGGACAAUUGAACUACUACAGAAGCGAGUAAAUUUCUUAGAAAAAAUCAAUUACGACAAAUUCGGCCGCACGGAUUAUGCUUCAGCACUUUGGGGUGGAAAAGUGAUCAGGGUAUAUUCACAACAGCGUAGUUGGUAUUCAUCUUAUUUUGAACGAUUGCUAAAGAUAGGCAGAUACCGAUCAGCAAACAGAAAUUGCUGUAUUAAUGAGAAUGAUUGUCCAGGAGAAAGCCGUGUUUUGUAUGGUUCUGUUGGUAGUGUUGUAAUGAAAUUAUUCGGCCCUGUUUUCAUAGAGGGUGUAACCGUCGAACAUGUAUCACAAAAUGUAUUACCGAAUUCAUCAGUUGAAAGUGCAAUGAAGAAAUUUCAAGUUUUCGGUAUGUCAGACAGUGCUUUGAAAGGAAGCGGCCAUUUUUUGUAUGGAAGUUUUAUAUUCGACCCCGCAGCUGAUUUCAUACAAUACUUUAAUUUUUCAUCUCAAUCUCCUGUAUCAUACCAAUAUAUAAAAAUCAAUGUUGAAUCUAACCAUGGAGCUGAGUAUACGUGUAUUUAUAGGUUACGUGUACACGGGACCCUAGAUUCAAAUAUUGAAUUCAACCAAGCGUGAAGUUCAACAAUCGUAUCUUUACCUUAGGCAACAGAAAUAUCGACGGAUCGGUAAAGAAGCUGCGACAGUCAAGACAGUGAA